AGUACUUUUUUUUUUUAAAAAAAGAUCUCUUUUUCUCUUUUUAAAAACUCUUUCCUCUCCAUACGUGACCUUAUCAGUGUCACUUCGGCCACACCAGCGGAGCCUCCUGAUUGGAUCAGAGUCUCCGGUCACGAGCCAGCCCGCGCGCGCACGGUGUUCGCGCAUCUCCACAAAUAGACGAUCGAGCGCGAGCGUCGGUAUCAGUGACAACAAACAGGAGAAAGUCAGUCAGUGGAACUUUGCCUUACUUCUUUUAAAUUUGUACAGUUUUUACAAGUUGUAUUUUUUCUUUUUAUUUUUUUUAAUUUUUUUUUGAUGGAGCAAGCGGAGUCUCGGCUGCCGGAGAAGAGGCGCAGGAGACGCUGCGUCGUCCUGAGCGUCGUCGCCGUCCUAAUUGUCAUUAUUAUCGUCGCCGUCGUGCUCGGAGUGACGCUCAGUAAAACCUCAAGUCAGUUUCAGUCUGUGUUCAUGAGCAGGUGUGAGAAGUUCAAAGACUCCGACUGUCAAAAGAUAUGGGAGGCGUUCCAGCAAGCCUAUGUAAACAAGGACCCCUGUAAAGUUCCCAUGGAAGCCUAUGACCCCCUCAUUGCUGCAGCCCCCUUCACACCGACAUGCAACAGAAUGAUGUUCUGGAGCAAAACCAAGGAUGUGGUCCAUGAUUUUACUGACAAGAGAGACUGCUUUGUUACUCUGGAGGACACUCUGCUGGGAUCCGUCCUGGAUGGGCUGACCUGGUGUGGAAAGGAGGGCAGCAAUGAAACAUUCACCACCGGCUGCCCAGGUUGGGAUGACUGCGACAACCCUGUUCGCUCGUUUUGGAACAGAGUCUCAGCUGCUUAUGCAGAUGUAGCCUGUGGUGACGUCACAGCGAUGCUAAACGGAUCCAUCACCGCGCCGUUCAAUAACAUGAGCAUUUUCGCGAGCAUCGAGGUGAAGCGGUUUAGCGCCCCCAGAGUCAGAAGCCUGAAUGUUGUUCUGGUCACGCAGGAGGAAAAUGCGACAAACUGCACAAAUGCAUCUUUAAAGGACUUACAGAAGGAGCUGGAUCAGGGAAUAACAUACAGCUGCACGGAAGUGCCUGAAACUAAGAUCCAGGAGUGCGCCUCCGAUCCACAGACACCCUGUGGGGACUGCUGGUGAAAGAUUAUAACACACAACACAGGAACGACCAGCUGCAGAAACGUUUGUCUUGCUUUCUUCAUGUUAAGUCUUUCUAAAUGUAAUUGAACUAUUUUUGUACCCGUGGGCCAGUAGAACAUAGUGAGAAAUGUGUCUUUUUACAUAGAUGUUGCCGUUUUUACAGAAUGACAAAGCACCUUGUAAUUUUCUAAGGUGUGACGGGGAAACUUUAUAUUAAAACAGUUGUGAUAAAUGUUGUCUAGUGGCGUAACAUGUCGGUGCUGCUACCUGUGUUCCACUCACAGUCUCACUUGAACGUGCUGGCGGAAUUUAUUUGCUAUAUUUUUUAAAAUAAAAUGUGAAAAUGUUGACGCUG